UCAUUUUUCCUCGUCGCUCAGAAUUAUAAUGAGGCUUUUUUCCUCGUAAGGCAGAGCCAGAGGACAUCUGUCUGUAGCAUGCUGCUCCUCAGGCACGUUGAUGGACGCAUGCAGUGGGUGGUGAAGCGAUGCCACACCAAGCCCACCAGUCUGUCGGAACGCAAAGUGUUUGUGCUCCUGUGGAUUGGCGGCUGGUCCAUCCGCAGCAUCGCGAGGGAGACUGGCGUGAGCUCCUCCACGGUGUGUCGCUGGAUCCAUCGGUGGAAGGAGGAGGGCAACGUGUUUGAUCGGAAAAAAAUUCAGUAAACUUUGUUCACCCAUUUCUAAAAGUUUCUGUCUUAGAGAGCUUGGAGUUUUCAUGAUUAAUUCACUCUUCCGCAGUGUUCCAUUGAUGGUAUUGUGUCUUUACGUGCCAGGAAGGGAAAUGUAUUCAGACUAAAGUCCUUCAAAUUUCUCGUAAUAUUUAAAAUUCUUCGGGAUGCAAAAUCUUUCUCGACGGGAAUUUUAUUGUUAUAUUUUUUCGUAGCAAUGAGUUUGUUUAUGUAAAGGAGCGCAUCGCAGCGCUGUCUGACGCGCUGCUGUGAGAGCCGAUGAAUUCCUGACCUGCUUUUGAACUAUGUGCGGUGAGCCACUGCUUAAUGAGGGAAGCUGUCUCCCACUUCACGCUGUACAACACAAUAAAUACUCUUUGACGGAAUGUGCCAUAAUGACUCAUUCAUAUUAUUAUAAGAACAAAUGAUCAUCCAGCAAUUACAGUGAAACAAUGUGACCUUAUUGAAAGAGUGAAGAUGUUAGUGAAUUUUGGCUAAGCCAAAUUAUCUGUAUAGGCAAGAGUCUGCUGGCUGGUUCACGUGCUGGUGCAGAGGAAAAGUGUACAAUUCUGUUCCUAACUGUCACUGCGGCGGCGAGGCGGCGAUGGCGCCCGCCGUGGUGCUCCUCGUGGUGGGCCUGUUCCACCGCACCGUUGCUCAGCACACUCUGCUGCCAGGUGAGCUCACAGGCCUCCCAUCAUCUAACUAGAAUACAUUAACUUGCCUUAAAUGAAGUAAAUGGAAAUACAAGUGCAAGAUAACGUUGUGCUGUAAUCUCCCACUUCAAGACGACCAAGCGUCGCAGGCGCUGAGGGCGGCGGCGGCGUCGGUCCUCGCAGCACACUCGCCGUGCCAGCACACGGCAGUGCUCGUCACUGACACCCAAGAGGUAAAUCUCGAACCCCGUUUUCUUUCAAGAUAUAUUUGAGUCAUGAAAGUAUCAUACACUGUAAUACAUAUUAUCCUUCCUCUGUGGGGUCUCGUUCAGGAAGGAGUAAUGCUGCAGGCACCGCGAGGGCUGGCUGUGUUACAAGCGGCGGGUGCCGGCAACGUGCGCGGCAACACAUCGCAGACCAACCUCAGGCACACGGCCGAAAAGAUCCGCCAGGCAGGUUAAUGACCCAAAAAUGCAUUACUGUAAUGAUUCUUAUACAUUGUGAUAUAUAUUUAUAAUAUUCGUAAGUCUUUAAUCCCCAACAGAUGGGAGAGACGUGGCACUGCCUGGUGGUGGUGGUGGUGAGUGAUGACCCAGCCUUCCUCGCCGCCUUCGCUCACCUGUCACUUAGACGUCAGGCCCUCAGAUGGUCCACGAGGAUCCUUGUCCUCACUCGCCUCCCUCUCAGCCACCUUGGCGGCCUGCACGGCCUUCUCUCCAACAGGAACGCCAUGCUGCUACACGUACAGAAGGGCAAGGAGGAUGUCAGUAAAGUGAACGUGCUGGUGUGGCAGCCGUACAGCGCCCCCGCCAGCAGGCCCCUGAGGGUGGCCACUUGGACGCCUCACGGGAGGCUGACUCUCGCCUCCCACGUGUCGCUCUUCCCCGAUAAGUUCUCUGUGUUCACGACUCCGCCGACACUCACCGUGGCGGUGGAGUUCCUGCCCUACCACACACUGACGUGGGUGGACGACCCGCAAGAGCCUGGCGGACGCCGCCUGCUCCUCACGGGGUUCUUGAACAAUUUUGUAACGUACUUCGCCAAGGCGAUGAACUUCAAGUACAGGUACGUGUUGUCUCCUGAGAGAACCUUCGGCACCAAGCUGCCCAAUGGCUCCUGGACCGGCAUGAUGGGCAUGGUAGUGCGGGAGGAGGCAGACUUCUCACCGGCACCAUUCGCACUAAAUCCUGCACGGAACGAGGCGGUGGACCCCUCAGCAGUGUAUGGCAUUGUAGAGGUGAGGAUACUGAGCGGCCUGACGGGACUCAAGAUUGACCCGUGGGGCUUCCUGCUGCCCCUCACGCCCCUGGUGUGGGCAGUCACCCUUGCGGCGCUGCUGGGGGUGCUCUUCGUCCUGCAUUUGUUUCCUACCUGCCUGCCCUGCAGGUCGCUCCUCCGAGGCGGCUGGUCCGCCAACACCUUUAGCCCUGUGCGCGUCCUCCUUCAGCAAGGUGAGGCCUCGGGGACCGUGCUGGACCCUUCCUGUUGGGUGCUGCCUUGUGUCUUGAUGGUUUCCGUGCUCUCAGGGAGCAGCAGUCGUGCCAUAAUGAAGACUAACUCUGCCUCACUCACUCCCAACGCAGACGUGGUGUGGCCCGCGGAGUGGUGGUGGUGGGAGCGUCUGGUGCUGGGGCUGUGGAUACUGAUGACGCUGGUGCUGACGAAGAGUUAUGCAGGGAACCUCGUAUCCCUUUUGGCAGUGAGAUACGUUCCUCAGCCCUUCCAGACUCUGCAGGACAUUGUUGACAACGACCGCGUGGCCGUAAUAGCUCAGAAACAUUCGACUUUCGAGCAGUCACUCAGGGAGGUCAAAUUUGGAGUGUUCCGCGAGAUAGCUAAGCUAGAAGACAAGGGUCGCCUCAACUUUCUCACGCACUCCCAGUUGCCGGGGAGCCUGGACACCCUGGUGAGGGCCGGCCACCACGUCCUCGUGGACCUCGACGUCAACCACAGGCGACGCUUGUCUCUGGACUUCUCUCGGAACGGUCGGUGUGACUUCUACAGAUCAAGAGAAAGCUAUCUGCCGCUUCCCUGCUCCAUGGUGGUGCAGAAGACAAGCCCUCUCCUGUACGGCAUCGACAAGUGUCUCCUGACGCUAUUCGAGAAUGGCAUAAGGCUACACUGGUCGGAGAGUGUUGGGAAUAAUACAGUGUGCGACAAUAUUCCCAAGAAAGUGAUGAUUACUUCUUACAUCUCCCUGUCAAACAUAUGGGGAGUGUUCGCAGUGCUGAAUGGGGGUCUGACUGCCGGGCUUGUUGUCUGGUGUGCCGAGAUGCUGGUCCCUCUGAGCAACGCUGACUUCGCACACACCUUCUCUAUUCGUCAUAUCAAGAAAUUGUUCCAUAAUAUAAAAAAAAUAUGAGGAAAUAAGGAAGCUGCAAAAUGUCGCCAGACCUGCACGCGGCGAUCCCUGUUCUGGUUCAUGUAACUCGUUCAGUUGUACACGAGCAGCUAUGAGUGAACUAGAAUCAUAACAAAAAGAAAACAAAUGUGUGAAUAUUUUUUUCCUCUUUCUGAUAAAUAUUUUAUAUCCCAAUCAACAAGACCUCGCCGCCAACUGCCUAAGGAGGCAACCACUAACACGCAAACCUGAUGAUCGACAGUAACUAUUGUGUAACAUACAGCCAAUAAAUAACUGACUUUUUUAGGUAUUGGAAUAUUUGUAUCAAGCUCUUGUUUAUUUGCCAGCUAUAUGCAUAAGUGUGUGUGUGUGUGUGUGUGUGUGU